AGCAGCGAAGGUGAGGACUGUGCGCGGGUGUACGUGAUGUGUGGUCCACCGCCAGGCCGGUGCAGAACGAUCUAACGGCGGGACACUCUCUCUGUGACACUGCUCUCCUGGACAGGUGGAAGGGCUGAUGCGGCGGUAGCGAUGGUGGGAAGGGGCUGCCGGGCGGCCCCCAGUCGCUAUGAUCAUUCUCAGUGAUCACGACCACUACUUCACACUGGAGGCUCUCACGCAGGCCGCCAUCAUCUUCACCAUGGCAGUCGCCAUUAUCCUGGCCAACGUGCUUCUCAUUGCAACAUUCAUCUAUGCCAGAGCGCCUGGGGAGGUGAUCAACUGCUACCUGCUGUCUCUGGCCGUGGCGGACCUGCUAUGCGGGCUGCUCGUGGUACCGCUGUCGGUGUACCCGGCCCUGGUCCACUCUUGGGUCUACGGGGACAUCGUGUGUCGUCUCAUCGGCUACCUCGAGGUCACCCUCUGGGCGGUCCAGGUCUACACCUUCAUGUGGAUCAGUGUGGACCGGUACCUAGCAGUCCGCAAGCCCCUGCGGUACGAGACUGUGCAGACCAAGACCCGCUGCCAGUGUUGGAUGGCCUUCACCUGGAUCUCUGCGGCCAUGAUGUGUUGUCCUCCCCUCCUGGGGUUCAACCAGCCUAAGUUCGACGAGAAGGCGUUCGUCUGCAUGUUGGACUGGAAGGAUAUGGCGGCGUACUCUGUGACUCUGGCCAUACUGGUGCUGGGCCCGAGCCUGAUCACCAUCGUCUACACCUACACCUACAUCUUCACCAUGAUGAAGCGACUGCGCAGCGGAGUUCCUAUCCACGACAAGGAGUACGCGACCGCGCUCUCCGAGAACCUCGCCAACCCCAGCCACAUGAUGAGCUUCGUGCUGAUCCUCACCUUCUGGCUCUCCUGGCUCCCCUUCAUCUUCAUCCGCAUGUACGAGUACUGGGGCGGCCACCGCUUCACCGUCCCCAACAUCCACUUCACCGUGUUCUGGCUCGGAGUGCUCAACUCUCUGUGGAAGGCCGUCGUGUUACUCACGCUGAGUCCGCAGUUCCGACUGAUGUUGCGCAUCCUCUGCCUCACGGUGUGCUGUAGACAGAAGGGACGGCUAGAGGUCGAACUGAUCGGCAUGGACGGGGACGACUGAGGGGACUGGCAGCUCCUGCGGGCUCCCGUCGAUUCACAGCCUCCCGACAGACCCACGGUCGGCCUCAACUACCUGACCACGUUCUAGUAGAACCCGCGCGCACGGCUUUUCUGGACUAGAUUCUCUCGAGCACUCUGAACAUUAUAAAUAACAAUUUAUAUUUUGUACUUGAGUUCCUCUAAUUCGAUAAUUCCGGAAGACUUUAUAUCCUGUGAGAUAUUUGAGAACCCAUUCCGAUAAUUCGGUAGGUACCCGUUCAGUUUCUCGGGGGUAAACAGUCCAGAAGCCUGCACGCUGAGUGUCGGGAGACAUCGACGGGAGAGCGCAGGGCACCUCUCGCCACCCAUACUUUUGAUAGUUAUUAGCUGCCUUAUUCAUUCCAUUGUUGUAGAUUCAUUUGUUAGUACAAAUACUUUGUCGGUGCGUGUCUGGAGGCUAUAGCUGUCCUAAGUAUGGGCUCGGGGACGUCUAGCGUUAGACGCCCACUCGGUGUUUCGCUUUACGUUUUUGUGCAUUUAUAAUAAUUGUUAUUAGUAAUAUAAUUGGUGCAAAGUGUUUUAUAGUGAUGCAGAGGUUGUGUUUUUCUAUUCCGUUGUGCCACGGCAUACCACUAACACCAGAAGAGGACAUAAGCCUUAAUGUCAUGCCACGUUUACUUCUCCAGUUCGCUCAAUCUCAGCUCCUGCCUGGCCUUGACGUUACGUAGAAGCUUUGGUGACAAUCAGCUCCUCCAUUUGUAUUGCAUUUGUUGGUUUUGUGUGUUGUUUGGGCGGGUGCUGGUCUGGCCUAUGAUGCCUCGUAAAACUCCAGUCAGACGUUCUGACUUUUGUGUGCGCACUAGAUAAUGGAAAAGGUCUAAAACCUAUAUUACUUUUGUGGCGUGAGAGAUAACGUAGUUUUGUAUUUGUAAUUAUAUUACAUUGAGUUGUAUUUUGCAACGUACUUUUGAAACAGUUUAAUGACACAGAUUAAACUAAUUUAAUUUAGCUGCUACCAAUAUUUAUUCAAUACUUUUAAAUUUAAAUAAUAAAGUCUUAUUUAAAUAUUUGGAAAUGUGGAUGGAAUAAUACAAUACUUUUAUAAACGUAAAUUUAUUAAUUUAUCAUAAUUGAUUUAAAUAUAUAUGAAUGAAUUGUUUUAUUACAUAUAAAGUUUUGUUUUAAUAAAAUUAUUUUCUUAUAUAUUUUUUUACUUUUUGCAGUGAUUUAAAUGUUAGCCUCAAACCUAUGUUUGGGUACCUAAGCAAUUUAUUUUAGCAAAUGGAGCAUCUCGGAAGGCCAGCACCUGCUUGUUUAAUUACCGUUAUUAAAUAAAUGUGGUGUUAAACAUUUGUCUUUAACAUAUAAAAAUGUAAGAAGUUGAUGUUGUUGAUUUCAAUUCGCAAGCAUAUUAGUGUUUUAUUGUUGAUUGUUGAUUUGUAGCAGUUUUGCGUGACGCAGCUACAGCUGUUUGUUACAGACAAGCCCCCUUGUCUCUGUGAUGCACGUCAGUAUUGAAUAUUAAACCAUGUAUAUACAAGUCAAUCGUGUAAAGUUUGUCGACAAAAAGGUCCAGUUCGUUGUAUCCACUACUGUCCGCUGGAGGGAUUACUACAAUAAGUAUGGAUUUAAUUUUUUCAAGCAAUAUUUCAAUUAAUAAUAGAAAUAACAUGUCAAAAUAAAUCAACGGACUGCUUCGCAAUCAAACCUUAAACGACAAUCAGUAUGGCAUUUUAGUCACUUUUAUAUUUAUAUCUUCGUGUGCCACUCAUUUUUAUUAAAACCAUUUCUUUUACAACCAUAUACGGAAGUUGUUUCUAUUAUUUCUCUCGUAAUAUCUUUAAUUUUCAUAAUUUUCAAAAUUUACAUAAUUAUUUAUUUACUUAUUUAAUCAACAUAACAUUAAUAAAAAAUAAAUGAAUAGAUAAAUUAUAUGAUUUUAGCUUUAUAUUAUAAUAAAGAAUAGAUUUGAUAUUUUAAUCUCAGUUUCAGUUCUAAACUACAAAUAUUUAAAAAAUCCCAUUAAAAAAUUGCCAGUUAAAAGUUUACUCUCGCUUUUCCAAUCACGCAACCCAGUGUACUAGAUAUUUUAACCCUACAACUACAACCAAUAGUAUCCUAAACUCCUUAUUUAAAUGCCGUAUUACUAAAAAAUAUAAUUUCUCUAUUCUGUUUUCAAUUAAAGAUAAAACUUUUGGAGUGAUAACCUGUCUCAGGAAAGUAGGUGACUCAAUACUUUCAAUAAUUCUUACUUAUAACAAGACCAUACUAUCUCAUUUUAAUUUAUUGUAUUCAAUCUUGAUUUCCAAUCUAGAUUAGUCUUAUCUAAUCUAACAAUCCAUCCUUUGUCUUAAAAACAUCCCAGCCUAUGAGCACUGCCUUCUCCUGCUUUCAAGGUUUGUCAUAUUUCUUUGCUUAUUACAGUACAUAGUUUCAUAAUAAUAAUAUCUCAUGCCUGAUUAAUUGUACCGAAAUCUCUGUCCCCCAACAUCUUCAGAUCUUCAAUUAUUGCAUCAUUAACUUGCGUGGCCCAGCAAGCUCAACCUUCAUUGCAACCUACACUAUAUCCCAGUAGCUUCAAAUCUUCUGUUAUUACAACACUGGUUUGUUUCUCCAAACUAGCUCUGUCCAUUAAAAGCCAUCCAUUGUCUCCCAGCAUCCCCAAAUUUUCCAAUUAUUACAACACUAACUUGCUUUUGUGGCCCAGCAAGAUCAACCUUCAUUUUCCUAUCUCCCAAACUUGUGUCUCCUAGCCCAGUCUCUACCUGUUUUGUCGAGGACUCUCGAUACUCUCGAACUGCAUUAGUUCUUCUAAAUGUCGCACUAUCGUGUCCUCCAGCGGACGUGGACAACCAAACGGACCUAUCUUGCCUCAGUGUUAGUGUAGGGUCUGACUGUCGUGCUGUCCCCCCGCGACCCGCUGCACCGGACAUUGGCCUGAACAGGCCCGUAGUUUUUUAUAGAUCGAUAGACAUAUAUUUUUAUGGCUGACUGUUAUUUCUUAGAUAGAGUACCGUGUAGAGGCCUAAGUGUGGGGUGUUCGGUGUCAGUAUGUCUGUCCGUCUGUCAGCUCGUCUCAUCUCCGUGUCUGUUCUCGGUGUGUGACGUCCCUUACCCACAGAAAUGAGCGCAAAGCAAUGCCAGGCCACCUCGGUGGAGUUCAGUCUAAACCUCAUUAUUAUCGUGCCUCACUUUUUAACAAUGACUUGUACCUGUGUGUCCUAUGGAGGCAGUGCUGCAAGGAGCAUACUGAAAUAUCAAAUGUGAGUCAAACUCACAAAGAGGUAUUUAAAUAUAAAUAAUUUUCUUUCACGCUGUUGUGCAACUCCUACAUUUACAUAAAGCUACGAAUAUAAAUAUUAUAUAAGUAUUUAACUUGCUUAUAAUAACGAAAUGUAAAUUGAUUCGUUUAGUUAUAAAUAGAAAUGAGUUAUAACUCAAAUUAAACUGUAUUUAUCUAGGGUUUCAUUUAAAUUAUUGAUGAAUUAAGUAAAUCUUAAGUAGUGUUUUCUAAUUGAAGAAGUAUUAAAAUAACGAAACACAACCUUUGAAAAUAUAGCAUUAUAUCUGUAUUAUGAACUAAAAUUAACAAUAACAUAAUAUAUUAAAUAUUGUACUGGGAGAACUUAAAAUACCAAAAUUACUUUAUUUCAUAAGUGCACAAAACGCUCCUUGCAGCAUUGACUCUGUUGAUGAUGUUUGAACUAAAUCUGUAAAAAUAUUUUAUAACUUCUGUCAUUAUUUUUGAAACAUUAAAACAAUAACUUCUUGAACAUAUAAUCUACAUGUUAUCUGCUGUAAUGGUAAAAAGUGAUGUAUUAUAAUAUAUAUAUAUUUUGGAUGUAACUUGUAUUCGUUAUCCUUCUAGGGCUUUGAAUAUUUAAAAGUCCGUCAUUAUUUACUCUAAUAUUUUUAAAGGCUAUUUAUAUUCACUGUACAUUGCCUAUUUGUGGUUUUACACUGUUAGAUUGUUUAUUUAAUAUUUAAGUAAUUUUUAUACUGAGUUAGUUUAUUUCUGGAACGUAUUUCAUUGUAUUUUAAUGAAGGAAUAGCAUAAGAUUCCUUACUAGUGGCUCGAAUAGGAAAUUAAUUUUGACAAACAGUCUAAUAAACGUCUGUGGUCUAUUACAAAAAACGAAAUAGAAGAAUUAGAAUAAUUUUAGAAAUAUAAAUUGACUGUGUAAAAUGAAACGAACGUAAAUAUUUUUAGUCGAAUUUCAUCAAUUAGUGGAACAGUGACUUACAUAAAAAGAUCAAAGUUGCCUGUAAGAUUGCAAAGCCAGAGCUUAAUAACAUGUAUAUGAAAUGGGUUAUGAGCCAGACGAAGGGAGCAAUAAAAUAGAUGUAUAUUAUUUUUUGUAUAAUAGAAUAUCUAUAUAAACCCUUAAAUAUAUACUUGUUUAAAAUAUAUAGUAAUUCGUUUUGAUGUCUAUGUUACAGUUUAAUAUUAUGUUUAGAGCUUUAUGCUUACAAAAUAGCACGUUUAAUCAUUCCAUAUUGGCUUGUGAAAAAUAAUAUAAAAUAGAUUAAAUAGAAUAUAUAAGGUUCACGCUGAACAGUUCCAUUUUAGUUUAAAUAUGCUGUCUCCUUCAGUUAUAAUUUGAAAUAUCUACUCAAAUAGUUAUCCCAUUCGAUAUGAGAGUAUGUUAUUUAUAUGUUUUUGUAGUAACGAACAUAAGCGGUGUAAUCUGAGGAACCACAUUUAUUCUUGUCCGGGUCCCGUUUCCGAUAUCUAUACGUUGUAUAAACGAGACAUUUUGAAACACGAUGUUACACUGAUGUUGCAAGAACGUUUAUAUCUCAGCGACAGAUUUUUUCGAUAAUGUACAACGUGAUACGUUUUUUCAAUGUGGAAAGAUACAAAUGAACUUGGUUAAAUGAAUCUAUUUACUUUUAAAGUACUCAGUAAUGUCAAAGUCAAGAAAACUUACAAAGUAGUGUCCACAAUACAUUAAUUUGUCUGCUUUCUUGUUUUUAUUAUAUUGUUCAUUGUAUAUCAAUAGUAUGAAUACAAUCUUUCACUAACAUAAUUACAUCUGACUUCUUCCCAUCAGAAGUACAAUUUUCUUAUAAAAUAUUUUGAGAAAGUAAUGUAUAGUGUAAGUAAAUUAUACUAUUUAAAAUCUAUUGAUUAUGAUUGUUGAAAGUAACACAUUUGUUAUUGUUAUCCAUGAUUUCCCCGGAAAACAUCAUACGGAAAUGAGUUAUUAUAGUGUCUCGGGAUGAUGAAAUAUGGCCUAAUGCAUCUAUAAUGUGUUUUCCCUUAAAAUUAACGUAAUCGAUUAUUGGUAAGGAGCUUUUUGGAAAAAAAAACAUUAAUUAAAUUGAAGUUGUUGACAUUUGUUUCUUUAAAGAAAUUCGCUUACGUUUCCUUAAAAGACAAAGAAUUAAAAUUUUGAAAGGGUCAUAUGUUGUGUAAUUUGUUGUUCAUUUAAAACAUCACCUUACACACCCAUGGGGAUGGCUUCCUGUCCAUACAGGUGUACCUGGUCCACUGACUCAACUAGGCUGUUAUUAUACUACAGUAUGAAUAAAAAUAUAAUUAAAAAUUAAAGCGGAUAUUUUCAUGAUCAUGAAUAUCAAACAAAUCUGGACAGAGAAAUAAUGGCCUCGAAAAAUAGUAAUAGUAAUAAAUUAAUACUACAUUGGAAUUUAAUAAAACCUUAUUUAUAUUAGUUCGGUUUGAAUUAUUGUUACUCAUGCAUUAUGAGUAAACCAAGGUUAAUAAUGUCACGUUAAUAAAAAUUAAAAAUUGCGGUAAGAGAAAAAAAAUAAAAUUAGCGAUUUUGACAGAGUUUCCUUAGCACGUGCCCCUGCGAACCUAAGAGAAGACAGCGAUAAGACAGACCAGGGGCGGUGUUGAAGGUAUUUAUCUAUGCAUGUAUUUCUAGGAAAUCGCAUUCUAGAUCCGAGAUAGAUAAUUAAUUUUUUGAUACUUAUUUUAACUUUCUUUGUUUCUUAAACAGACAUUUCUAAUCUUUCUAAAUGUUUUCUACAAAGUGAUAAGUGAAUAAGGAGUUCUCUAUUUUCAUUGAUAGGUCAGGAAGAAGAUUACAUCUUACUCAAUACGGCUAAUCACAACCAAAACCGUAAUUACAAUAACAUUGAAUAGAUGAUAAAGUGUGUGAAAAAGAGAAUUAAAUAAGCGAAAAUUCCAAUGUUAUAUAUUUUGACUCACAUAAAAGUCAUCAAUGAAAUCCACGUUCACGUUUUUAUAAGUAAAUAAAAGUUGUAGUACACGAUCGGGAUCGGACCCGAAUUGUAGAAACCGCGCCAAAUAGGGUAGUGAGUUUGUGGAUUGUCACGGGACCGGAGAGCGAGUAAAUAUUCACCUUCAAUGUCAUCGUCUUGUAGAAUAGUCACAACAACCUUGACAAGAGUUUCGUGCCAGGAAGUUUGGUCCAAUGUACAUGAGAAUAAAAUAUUAUUUCUGUUAAACUAUUUUGCCAAAGACUUAUAUCCCAAGUUUUGUCCACGUUACUUUUGAUAAACAUCAUUUUUAUGAAUUGCCCAAUACUUUAAUACUUGCAUAGGAGCAUUCUCAAGAUAUUAUAAACAAUCCAGUUAAAACUUACAGAGGAUCUACUUGGAGAUGCAUCAAUAAGAGACGGUUUGUUUGUCCUUGUUUUCUUUUAUUGUUUUGGUUCUCGGUUCUUAUUUUGAGUCUGACAAUGUUCGUCAGGUGGAUUGUUUGCAAGACCGUUGAGUGGUCCCCCGUCCAAGGAAUGUCUAUGAUUGUCAUCUAUUGACACGGUUAUCCUCUAACAACUAUACCCACAACAACCGGUAUACCUCUUUCAGUCGUGCAGUAAGCUGAAGGAAGAACAAAGACUUGUUUGAUAAUAAAGUUAAAUAUCACUACAUGAAGGUCCAUUCCUCAGUAAUUGUUUUACAGUAACCAGCGUUGUUAUAGCUUAUAUCAAACCUUGGUUGAAACUUAACAAAAAAAUAUUUUUGCGGUCCGUGAACCAUGUCAAGUUUUGUAAAGAACCCUCCCUCUCUAAAAACGUUUCCAGAAAAGUGCUGUUCAAAAUACAUUCACCCUUAGGCUGCGCCUUCCUUGUUUCCAAAUAUGCUCAGUAUUAGUAAACAUUGUAUUAUUAAGUCAUAAGUGUACAUAUGUAUUAGUGAAUAUAUAUUGUAUUUAACAAAAAAAUUUCAAUCAUUAGAAUUAGAAACAAAUUAAAGAACUAUUUGACUUUAUCUUAGUUGCAAUGUUUUUACUGUUUAUUAUUCUAAUUUGUUUGAAUUUAUUCACAUAUUUUUAAUUUUUGAAAUUUUUGUGUAUCGUUGGUGAUUUGAAAAACUGUAGUAAGUAUUUGGGUAAUCCUUUAAAAGCGUUUUCUAGUAUGUAUCAAAAUUGUUUUACUGUGGGCCUAGUUUCCUGUUGAAAUUGUUAAAGAUUCACGGUAUAUACAAAAGGUCACAUAUUUCCAAGACAAGUAAUGUUGAUAUCACGUCACAUGUUAGUUAAAGUCCUUCCAUAUCUCUACUUGGAGUAUAUGGGUAUCUCGUCGUCUUCAAGUUAGCCUUACAUAAAUUGUCUCUCUACAAAUCCAAACAAUAUCCUUAGAUCAAAAAUAACUUAUUUUACCUUAACUGUUACAUCAUUUUAGGGUUUAAUAAAACAUCACAUGAACAAAGAUAGCAAUGACAUGCCCAUAGUGUCAGGCCCAAUAAUGUUGGUUUAAACACGUUUACUAGUAAUAACGCGUUUUCCGGAUGAAUAAGAACUGACAAUCGAUAACUUAAAUAUUCAAUAUCGACUUAUGCAAUUUCUUUCUAAUCCAUGUUCAGAAUAAGAGUUCACAAUUCAAGGAAAGAACAGGAAGAAAAUGUGUUUCCUAACAGAUCCUAGACUAGAUCAGUACUGAAUAAAUAAGACUAAUUAUUGCAAGUAUUAAACGUUACUAAGAUUUUGCUUCGAAAUAGUGGAAACAACAGCAUUCUACCGGAUACCAGGGUCUGGACAAAAACUUGCUGGAAUAUAAAAAUUGGACGAAACUUCCUGAAAUAUUCAAGGAAAAACACGAGUAUUUGGAAUAAUGGCGGAGACCUUGGCUACGCAACCCUACUUGGCAAGUCUUGUAGCCCGGACAGACUUAUGUUACGCGUAGCCUCUGUAGCGUAUAGUGGAUGUUUCCAGAAGGCCUACAUUGUAUUAUAUUGUUACACAGGGCCUGCUUUCAUUUAUCUAUGUUAUUGUUGUCACUGUUAACAUUAUUGCUAGAAGCCUGUUGUACUUGCUGUCAUUAAAUAUUAGUUGUUAGAGUACGCCUCUCUUCGUUGUCGACCCGUGAAGCUUUGUCUUGCGUUUGUUGAAAAUCGAGCUGUUAAACUAUUUGAUAAUCUAACCGUUGUUAUCUUGCUUUGUUAUCUGAUAAUUUGUGAACAAAUGUGCAGUGUAACUUAGCAAUAGUCAUGUAUUAUUCGUAUUUAUCAGAUGUUCUAAUACAGGUUCCCUCUAAAAUAAUUUUGUUGCCAGUUUACAAACUCUCGGUAGAGAGUUCUUCACUAUAAAUGUCAAGCCUGAAUGUAUUUCCUCUCUUACUGGCUGUUAGUAAAGUACGGCGUUAAAGUUACGACACGCUUAUCGUGAUGAUACAGAUUAAGAGAAAACCAUAUGUGUAUUAUUCUAUUAUAAUUUAUACUAUGUCCAGUAUUUGGGAAGUAUAAAAUUAUUUACGAGACGAUAACGUCGUGGCUUACUUGUACCACGAUAUUUACACAUGUUCUUUAAAACGUUAUUAUGUUUAUAAUUUCUCUUUACAGUUCUAAGCUAAAACACCAUUUGGUACGCAUUUUAACAAAAAUACAAGCCAAUUACCUUACGACAUUCGCAAAAUAGUAAAUGGGUUUGGAAAAAGACAAUUGAUUAGCAAAACGUUUUUGUGAGCAUAUUUAGCAAAUCAUAUGACAUGUUUCUAGGGUAUAGUAUAACAUUACCAGUACUUUGACAGUGUAAAAACUAAAUUCCGAUAAAAAUCGGAAGUAAAUAUGGGGCAGUGAAUUCAGAUGUGUCAUGAGUUUUGUUUUAGAUUAAGGUUACAAAUUAAAAAGAUGUAGUAAUAUCAGAACUAAUGGACUGUUUUGUAUUUUGAGAAGAUUGUUGGUUACGUUGUUUUAUUUAAUAUAAAUGGAAAGGAGAAUUUUAGAAAGUUUUUUUUUGAAAAAAGAGUCUGGAAUCAAAACAACUGAAAAAAUAAUGUAUUAAAUUAAAAAAGAAUGUGAAUUAUAUCAAAUUGUAAUCUAAAAUAUUUCGCUUAGUUAAUAUUGAUGUUUACAACAAUAAAUUAUCCUAUACAGCUUAUACUGACAAUUGACUUCUAUGUUUUGUGACGAAAAUUAAAUUUUACUCUGUGCCGCCAAUAUUAAAAUAAAAUUCUUCUAUGUAUAAAAUUUAGGGAAAUUUUCAGAACGUUUUUACUAGCAAAACCUAACAGAAUUCAAUGUUGCUUCAAAUUUUGUCGUAACUUUAACUACUUUUUGACUACAUUUUUACUCCUGUUAGUUAUUUAUGUGACUGAUAAAUCAACGAAUUUAUAUAAUAAUACGAACUGCUUUUUCUGAACAAUUCUGGCUGAAAAAGUCAUGCUAAAUGUUUUUAAGGGCAUUACGUUUUCUACAUUUAUUCCAAAUCGAAACAAAAUAAUUAUAACUUUAUUAAUUUUAAACUACGAUAAAUCCGCAGUUGAGAAUUGCUAAGAACGAGAAUUAUUUUUAUUUACAGGUUUAAUAUAAUGUUCAUAUUUUAGUUGCAUUUAAAUAACGAUUUAUUUCGAUUACGUGCCAUAUAAUUAAGUUCAACACCCGGAAGCAGUUCACUUAAGUAUUAAUAUGUAAUACUUUCAAAGCUGCCAUAUUGUAACGUUCAGUUAUACCUCGUUAUCGGUUGGUAACCAUCGAUAUAUCGUUGUUGGUAACGAGAAAGGACCAGCUGGAGCUGAUGUUCCACAAUCCCCCAGUCGGCUGUCACAAACAGCUGAUCACCACUCUACCUGCUCUCGCGCUAGUUUCUGUGUGUAUUCUGUGUUGUACUUAGAGCUCACCUUUUCUUAUUUUCUAACCAUUUAUAAUUUUUUGUACGUAUAAACAUAUAGUUUGCUAGUUUUGUAAUAGUUUUUUAAAAGUGUUUGUCAACAACUUGUAAAGUUACAAUAUAAAGUGUAUAAUUUUAAAAUUAAGUUUGUCAUGUUCAUAAAGUGUAAUGUAGAUAUAGAUAUUAAAAUGUAUCUAAUAAAUUAAUUAUCAAAUUGUUACCUAGA